AUGUAUCGGCCCGGCAAUGGAAGUGCUACACAGAAGCCCAAGGACCGGCCGGCCCCAGCGGGUGGAAAUGCCCUUGUCACCUUCGAUGCCCAGCUCGCCAAGCAGCAGGAGGAAUCGCAGCUCGCCAAGGAGAGGCCGAAGAAGAACGACUACCUGGACGUCUACACCGGCCCAAAGGUGAAGUGGGAAGACACGGGCCUGUAUAAGGCCCUCGUCAAGUCCCAAGACAUUGAGGAGGAGCUGACCAAAAUCCGGAACCUGAUCCGUAAGCGAACAGAUCCGGGUUACGAGCCGAACGACGAGGAAGACUUCAAGGUCGCGCCGGUUCGGAAGUUCGACGCCAAGAACGACUACUACAAGCUGCUGGAGGUGGACGACUUCGCGUCGGUCAAGGACAUUAAGGGCGCCUACAAGCGACUGGCCCUGCAGUACCACCCGGACAAGAACCGGGACAAGAAGCCGGACAAGCUCCGUGAGAUGCAGGACGAGUUCGAGAAGAUCCAGGAGGCCUACGAGAUCCUCACGGACCGCGCCACCCGCCGGCAGUACGACCGUGCCCGCUUCGACGAGGCGAGGGCCAAGUCCCAGGGGAUGAACUCCACCUUCUACUCGCAGAAGACGAACAGCGACGCCAACUUUUGGGGCCGCUGGUCCGGCAAAAAGGAGGGCCGUGAGCCCAGCGUCAAUGCGCAGGACGUUCAGAACCUGCUCAAGUCCAAGGCUCCCAAGCUGCCAAAGGCUGCCGACCUCCGCUUCGAGAUCAAGAUCUCUCUGGAGAAAGCCCUCCGAGGCGGCCUGAAGAUCCGAGAGGUAAAGAGGGAUCGCAUGCAGCGCGCCUUUGGCGGCACGAACCAGAACCUCAAGACGGUCAACGUCAAGAUCGAUCCGGGACAGGCGGACGGUAGCGAGUACCGCCUGGAAGGAGAUGGGCACUGGCCAAGCUUCAACACCACGCCGGGGGACUUGGUCGUCGUCUUUCGGCACAAGCCCCAUGCCUUCCUCCGCCAGUCCAACAAGGAGACCGGCGCACUUCAGCUGGCGAUGCCCCUGACGGUCCGUGCAAAGGCCAUGGACCCGGUCCUGUCCGUAUGGUCACCCACUUUCAAAGGAAGCAUGGUGCUCAUACGAUUCCAGAAUCCCUUGUUGAAGCUGGCGCCGAACAAGGCGUGUAAUGUCGCUUUUGUGAUCGAUGGAGAGGGUCUCCCUGUGCCGGGAGAGCCCACUCGUAGAGGGCCUCUUGGAGUGACUGUCCACGUACAGCUGGACGGCAAUCCGCUGGUGCCUUCGAUGAACGCACCGUGCUGCAAGGAUGUCGUGGCGAAGCGGCAUCUUAAGCACUACAACCACCAGGCCCACCUCAGGAUCAACCUCUCCAACCCUUUUGCUGCCGGGUUCCCCGUGCGGAAGUUCGUGGCGGGCGACGCCAAAGAGCGCGGAGGCCUGCGACUUGGCCUGGCCUCCGUGGCGGUCGUCUGGGAGUCGGCUCCCGGGACGGAUCCCGUUGCCUUUGGCAAGGCUGCGGCCGCCUUGGGCCAUCAUGCCCAGCUGAACCCGCAAGGCUACGGCUGGUGCUGCAACGUAGGGCUCUUGAGGAAGGCGCUGCCUCAUGCGGGCCACGUGGCUCUGGCCGACGAGGAGCUCGCUAGUGAGAGCGAGGAGGAGAAGCCUGGAAAGACUGCAAAGGCCCAGGAAGCCCUUCAGAUGCCUCGCGAAGGACACGGGCUCACAAAGAGGAGGCGUGUCCGGAGGUCGCGGCCAGAGGUGGAGAGCUUUCUCCUGCGUUUCAAACUGGGUCCUCCAGAAGGCUUCCCGGAUCCAGGCUCCACGGACGAGGAGGGCGAAGGAGGUGACGCGCGCGGCGACUCCCCGGUGGCUCGCGCGCCGGCGCCCGCAUUCGCCGGCCAGCCCGGUCAGGCGACGGUGGAGCUGAAGGUGGAAGGCGAGGGGGAGGGGGACGAAGAGGCUGAGCUGACCCGCCGCAUCCGUGAGAAGCAGAGUGAGCUGGACGGCGCGAAGCGCCGGUGGGCUGAGAAGAAGGAGCACCAGCAGGGGCAGCGGGAGGAGGAGGAGGGCCUCCUUCGGGAGCUCCUCGAGAAGGACAAGAAGCGGGAGCUGGAGAGGGUGGAGCGCGAGAUGACCGGGCUCCGCUCCACCUUCGAGUUCCAGCUACAAGCCGAAAAGAAGUGGGUGGACGAGUUCAUCUCCACCCACAACUACCAGAAUCAGUGGGUGUGUGUGUUCAAGCCGGCCAUGGUCAUCCGGAAGAAGCCUGCAGAGGAUGGGCCGAUCACUCGUCGGAUCAUGUGCGACGAAGUGAUUAAGGCAAAGGGCAAGGUGACGGAUGACUACUGGAUCCAGCUUGACACGGACGAGUGGGCCCUGACCUGGCACAAGGUCCACGGGCAGCUGCUCCAGCGCUGGUUUGGGCCUGAGCAGCAGCGGUACCUGGAUCUCCAGGCCAAGAUUGAGGAGAGGCGCAAGGGGCGCAACGAGACUUUUGUGGCGUACCGAAGGAAGAAGAAAGAAAUCGAGCAGUGGAGCAUCCCGCCGGGACCGUCCGAGGAGGAGAAGUGCGAGCUGGAGGACGAGGAAGGCGAGCAACUUCACUUCUUGAUGGAGCCGAUCCUGAAAGAGCUGAAAGAUUGCAAGAGGCGCCUCAGGGAGCUCCGACAGAAGCGUUUCGAAGCAGCAGCCGAGAAGCAGCGGCGUGAUGCUGGCGCAGAGGGCCUGGCCGCCGCGCCUUUGCCGGCGGGCUUCGAGUCGGCCCUGAAGAGCGAGGAGGCGCCGGCGGAGCCGGCCGAAGCCGAGGCCACCGAGCAUCGGCCGUGGGAGGAGACAAAGCAAGCCGCAGACAAAGCCUUCAAAGACAAGGAAUGGAACACGGCACUCUCACUCUACGGCCAGGCUCUCGAACUCGGUGGCGAUACCUUGGAGUCAGCGCAGCGCGCAACACUGAUGUCCAAUCGCGCACUUGUCUACGCCAGACUCUCUGACUGGGCGAAGAGCCUGGAAGAUGCGGUGGAUGCAACAAUCCAGGAGCCGGACUGGCCGAAGGGCUGGCUUCGGCGGGCGACGGCAGAGCUCCGGCUCUGCCAGAGCCGCGAGGCGCUGGCCUCCCUGAAGAGGGGCUUUGCCUGUGCCGGGAAGACGGCAGGCCAGUUUCUGUCCUUGGCAACAGAGUGCGAGGCCGCCCUCUACAACGACCGCCAGGGCGACGACCCGGACGCUCCGGCUUCGGCCGUGGAGCGGAUAGAGAAGUUCAAGGAGGGUGCGUCCCUGGCCUUCAAGCAGGGGACUCAUGGAGUGGCAGUCUUCCUGUACACCAGGGCCUUGUACCACCGCUCCAUGAUGGAGUCCAAAGACGAGGCUGUGGUCCUCUCAAACCGGGCCGCCUGCUUCUUGAAGCUGGGGCUUGCCAAGGAGGCUUACGCAGAUGCCAUGGCUGCUUCGGACAAGGAUCCAAUAUGGUCGAAGCCCUUGGUGCGGGCUGGUCAGGCGUCCCUGAUUCUGGACGACUUCAAGGCAGCGUAUGCUUGCUUCGCGAAGGCUCGGCGGCUGGAUGAGCACUACGAGGCAGCGAAUGAUGGCGUCAGCAGCUGUCUGCAGAAGAUCAUCCGAUGGGAAUACUCUGCCGCUUCCAAGCGCUGGGCCAAGUUCGCAGUAGACCGGCAACGGCCCCGGAAGGGGAUACGGAUCUGGGCCCUCAGCGACGUUUUCUUCGACCAGCACGGUGUGCCUGAAUGGUGCAAGAGCUUGUCUUCGUCCUUUUUCCGCGAUGAUGUGCUUAUGUUGGCUGGAAACUUGGCCGACUCGUUGCCCCAGCUUCGGUUCGCCCUGACAGUGCUGAAGAGCAAGCGCCGCUGGCGGGUUUAA